AGGAGUGGAAGUCCCAAACACAGAUUUCUCACACACGCGUACUCCAACAAAAUCCCUCACACACGCAGAGACGCUCACACAUAAAACCAAAGCUGAUUCGACUUCCCAGGAGGAUCAGACAGGCAGCAGAUCAGGAUGAAUCUGGACCUGGUGGUGUUGUGGGUUGCCCUUGUGGCUCUCUCUCUCCCCGCUCUCUCAACUGCCGACCCACUGUAUGUGAUGUCGGCUCCUAACCUGUUGAGAGUGGGUACCCCAGAGAAGGUGUUUGUGGAGGCCCAGGACUAUACUGGAGGGCCCUUGGUGGUUAAGCUGACUGUGAAGGACUUCCCCAAGAAGAGCAGGCAGCUUGCCUCCAGUACAAUCACCCUGGCGGAGAGCAACCACUACCUUGCCCUAACAGAGAUCACCAUCAGUGAUGUCCGUCACCUGUUGGAGAAGGAUGUGGGCGGGGACAACUUCGUGUACCUGGAAGCGGAAUUCCCCGACCGCACGCUGGAGAAGAUAGUGCUGGUCUCCUUCCAGUCAGGAUACAUCUUCGUGCAAACCGAUAAACCCAUAUACACUCCCUCAAGCACUGUGAGAUACAGACUCUUCUCCUUGACUCCAGUGCUCACGCCUGUUGACUCGGGCAUUUCUGUGGAGAUCAUGACUCCAGAUGGAAUCACCAUUUCCAGGGAAACGCUGUUCCCAACUAAAGGCAUCCGAUCAGGACAACUCAAACUUCCAGAUAUUGCCAGUUUUGGGGUUUGGACGGUGGUCACAUGGUUCCAGAAUAUUCCCCAGACAAACUUCACAACUCAGUUUGAAGUGAAGACAUACGUACUACCCAGUUAUGAGGUCAUCCUCACACCAAAGUCGUCUUUCUUUCACGUAGAGGACAAGGUGCUUGAAGUUGACAUCUCAGCAAGAUACUUUGAUGGAAGAGAGGUGACUGGCACUGCCUUGGUUGUGUUUGGGGUAUUGACAAAGACUAAUGUGAGGACAAUUCUGCCAGAUUCUGUUAGCAAGGUUGAAGUGACACAGGGAAGGGGGAAGGCCUCAUUGUUGAGGGAGCAGAUCACCAAUGCAUUUCCAAACACGACUCUGCUCAUGGGAUCUUCAUUUUAUGUGAAAGUGAACGUCUUAACAGAAACAGGCAAUGAGAUGGUGGAGGCGGAAAAACAAGGUAUAAUGAUAGUCUCCUCUCCCUACACCAUCAACUUCAAGAGGACCCCCAAAUACUUCAAGCCUGGCAUGCCUUUCGAUGUUAUGGUGUACGUGACUGACCCGAGCCUCUUGCCUGCCGCUGGCGUUGCUCUCGAGGUGAUGACUGCAACAGAUGGAGCCAUAGGGGCCACCACCGGCCAUAACGGCAUCGCCCGAGUCACCAUCAACACUCUGGCCGCGGACAGAAGCCUGUUGAUACGGGUGAUGACUAAGGUAUCAGGGCUCUCUGAAGAGAGACAAGCUGUGAAGACGAUGACAGCCAUGGCCUACAAGACCACCGGAGACUCCAAGAACUACCUCCAUAUUGGAAUCUUGUCCAGCAGUGAGGCGGCCAUUGGGCAGCAGGUCAAGAUGAGUCUACAUGUAGGCACCAGUCCCGGAGUCAGAGACCAGGACUUCACUUACAUGAUCAUGAACAAAGGACAACUGGUGAAGGCUGAGCGGUUCAAGAGGCAAGGCCAGGCUGUGGUGACUCUGCCCUUACAAGUGACCAAGGACAUGAUCCCCUCCUUCCGCAUCGUGGCGUACUACCAUGUGGGUUCGGCAGAAGUGGUGUCUGACUCAGUCUGGGUGGACGUCAAGGAUACCUGCAUGGGAGAGCUCAAGGUGGAGCUGGCUGACCGUAGGAAGGAGUAUUGGCCACAUAAGCCCUUCAGUCUCUCCAUCACUGGGGACCCAGAGGCCAGAGUGGGACUGGUGGCUGUGGACAAGGGGGUCUACGUCCUCAACAACAAACACAGACUCACCCAAAAGAAGAUCUGGGAUGUUGUUGAGACGCUGGAUACCGGCUGCACGGCGGGUGGGGGACAAGACAGCAUGGGCGUGUUUUAUGAUGCUGGACUGGUGUUUGUGUCAAGCACUGCGGGAACAACAGUCACCAGGACUGCUCAAACGUGUUCCACUCCUCUCAAAAGAAGUCGACGGUCGGCGGCUAACUCUGAGUUGCACAUGCGAUCAAAUUUAGUGAGUCUGUAUGUGGAGGAGGAGCUGCGUGGUUGCUGUGACGACGGGCUGAGGGCGGACCUGGGUGGGCGGAGCUGCGAGAGGAGGGCGGAGAUUGUGAGUGUCGUUGGGACUGCAGCCUGCGCUCAGGCCUUCCUACACUGCUGUACAGAGCUGAGGAGCCAUCAGGAGAGGGGGAGUCUGCAGCCGCGCAGCAGCGGAGAACUGCUCCUUGCACGGAGUGAUGACGAUGAUGAUGAGGACAUGUAUAUGAGCUCGGAGGAGAUCACGUCGCGUACACAGUUCCCUGAGAGCUGGCUCUGGGAGGACCUGACUCUACCUAGCUGCCCACAGGACACCCCACACUGCUCAACAACCUCCACAGUGAAGUCCAGCUACCUGAAAGACUCGGCCACCUCCUGGCAAAUAUCAGCUAUCAGCCUGUCAGACACCCAUGGCAUGUGUGUGGCGGAGCCCUUGGAGCUGGUGGUCACCAAGAGCUUCUUCCUGGACCUGCGUCUUCCUCACUCUGCCAAGCGGGGAGAACAGCUGGAGAUCAAGGCCAUCCUACACAACACCAUAAUGGAUAAGCUACAGGUGCGUGUUGAGCUGCUAGAGACGGAGCACGUGUGUAGCGUGGCGUCCAAGAGGGGGCGCCACCAGACCACAGUGGAGGUAGAGGGCAUGACCUCUCGCGACCUCUCCUUCAUCAUCAUUCCCAUGGUGCUCGGCUCCCACACACUGGAGGUCAAGGCCUCCGUCCACGGCGCCUUCUACGGGGACGGAGUCAAGAAGGAGCUACGCGUGGUGCCAGAAGGAGUGCUGACGAAGAUCAAGGUUCAUAACAUUCCCCUCAAUCCAUCCUCACAUGGUGGUUCUCAAAGCCAGGAGGUCAAGUUUGAACGGCUCAGGCGUCAGGUGCCAAACACACCUGCAAGCACGCACAUACGAGUGCAAGGCCAGGAGCUGAGUGAUGUCAUGGUUAAUGCCAUCAGUGGUGAUUCUAUGGGCCUCCUGUUCAGAAUUCCCUAUGGCAACGGGGAAGAGAACGCGGUAACCAUGGCGAUGCCUGUUAUCGCGACACACUAUCUGGACCGUACCAACCAGUGGAACACAGUAGGGGUGGAAGAAAGAGCGGUAGCACUCACGUACAUCCGAAAGGGCUACCAACAGCAGUUGCAAUUUCGCAAACCUGAUGGCUCAUAUGGGGCAUUCCUAAGAACUCCUAGUAGCACCUGGCUAACAGCUUUCCUGCUGAGAGUUCUGUCCCUAGCUGAUGACAUCAUCAGUGUUGAGGAGGAAGUGGUAUGUGGCGCCCUCCAGUGGCUGGUGUCGGUAUCACAGCAAGCGGAUGGAUCCUUCCAAGAGACUGCACCAGUCAGAUUUGUAAAGCCAGACACGGGUAAAGUGUACGGGAAGGACUCUGAUGCAUCUCUGACGGCCUACGUCCUCAUUGCCCUACAGGAGAGCAGAGGAAUCUGCAACGAACAUGAGACUACUCUCCUGGAGAGUGUGUCUCGUGCGGUCCGGUACCUUCAGCUGAGGAUCCACACUCUAAAGGACGCUUACGCUGUUGCCAUAGUGACCUACGCACUCGGGCAUUCCGGAACAUUCCACAAAGACAUUCUCUUCCAGCACAAGCUAGACGGUGUGUCCGUGUGGCCGGUGCCUGGUGGUCACCAGUAUACACUGGAGGCUACAGCCUACGCCCUGAUGGCCCUGCUCCGAAUGGGAGAGUUUGAGGAGGCCAGCGCCGUGGUGGAAUGGCUACACACUCAGAGGAGAGUACGAGGAGGCUACGGAUCCUCUCAGUCAACCAUUGUGGUGUACCAGGCUGUAGCUGACUACCGAGAGCAGAUGAGGAAGCUGCAGCAGGUUAAUCUGGAGGUGAACAUCGACGUCUCCGGUCGUAGCAGGCCCAUUCGCUGGACCUUCAACCAGGGAAAUGCCUACGUUAGCCGCUCUGACAAGCUCCAGCUCAAUCAGAACCUUACGGUGACGGCCAAAGGCAAUGGAGCGGGAACACUCUCGGUGUUGACUAUGUACUAUGCUCCUGCCACGGAAAAUGACACAGCCUGCAAUUGUUUCAAGCUCAACCUGACUCUGGACAAGCAGGCUAAAGUUUCACAGAACGGUGCCAGUGAAACCUACAUCCUGAAGAUUGACAUCAUGUAUAACUCUGAGGAGAGGGACUCCGGCUUCGCUGUGCUUAGUGUUGGGCAGCUGACCGGUUUCGUGGUGGAUACUGGUGACCUCAACAGGUUGAUGUCAAGCAGUGAGAGAUACAUCCAGUCCUACCAGAUUGAUAACAUCCUCUCACAAGACGGCUCCCUUCUCAUCUAUCUCAAUAAGGUGUCCCAUACGCGGCCAGACACGAUUGCUUUACGGAUCCACAAGAAGCUAGGUGUGGGCCUGCUACAGCCAGCUGCUGUUACUGUGUAUGAAUACUCAGACAUAGAGAAUCGCUGUGUGAAGUUUUACCAUCCAGACAAGAUCAGUGGAUCUCUGAACCGCCUUUGCCACAAUGAUGUCUGCAAAUGUGCUGAAGAGAGUUGCAGUGUGCAGAGGAAAGAAGGGGUAGCCAGCGAAGAACGAGAAUAUACGGCCUGUGAGGCAGGAAUGGACUAUGCAUACAAAGUCACGAUGCAGAACAGCAGUCUGACCAGCCACACGGAUGUCUAUUCCAUGGAGGUCACUGAGGUCCUCAAAGAAGGCACUGAUGCUGCAGCCAUGGGAGCCUCCCGCCUGUUUGUGGCCCAUCCUUCCUGUAGGGCGGGAUUAGAACUUCAGAAUGGCCUCUCCUACCUUCUGAUUGGCCACCGGCAGGACAUCACAAGGCUCGAUGACGGGAGUGUGCAGUAUGUUCUUGGAGCUCGUACCUGGCUUGAGUAUUGGCCUACAGAAGAGCAGGGCAGGAGUGCUCCACACAGAAAGACAUACAGAAGCAUUCAACACUUCGCCCAGGAGCUCAGUCAAUGGGGCUGCCAGUACUGAAGCUGAAGUGGAGUUUCAUUGCAUGACAUUACACAUUUUUUUAUAUUUUACAUUUAACAUUCACAUUUCACUUUGCUGAAGUUUUUUUUAAUCCAAAGCGACUUGCAGUUGUUUUAUGUACAGGUGUUUGGUUAUAUAGCCAGCCAACGCCCUCCUAGUGACGCCCUCUAACACCCUCUAGUCAGGCUAUGAGUAAUACAAAUAUCGUUUCUGACCCCCAGAGAAAUCGGGAACUCCACCCACUUUGUCAGGGAAGCAAUCAACUUUGAGCAGGUCCAACGGCCCUGGCUAGAGGCGUGUUCAAGGCAGUCACUUGGUUUAAGCUGAGACAUUCUGUUGGAAGUAAGAAAAUGUUUGGUUUAAACAUCAGCACAGCCUUUUCUGGCCUCAACCAGUAGCAAAACAAGGGAGGUGGGUUAAUCAGGUCGUUUGGGAAACAAUAUUUGUUAUCCUCUUGGUCAGACCAAAUAUCUCGAGUACGAGAUUUGAAAGUCAUGAUGAUAAUCAGGCAAUUGGUACAGGCCCUGGAGAGACAGAGUUAAGUGCCUUUCUCAAGGGCACGUCAGCCAGGGAUGAAGGUGUUGGUAAGGGCAGGAUUUGAACCUGCAACCCUCUGAUCUAAAGGCCAGUGCUCUUACCAUUGAGCAAUGGCUGCCACAACUUAGCUAAGCUUAGCAAAGCGUUACACUUUAUGCAAAGACAGAUAUUUUAAGUAGAGGGUACUGAUAAAGUCCCUGGAGCAGUGUGGGGUUAGGUGCCUUGCUCAAGAGCCCCUCAGCCAUGGAGUGAGCAAGGGAGUCAAAGGGUAGAAUUCGAAUCUGCAACCCUCUGAUCUAAAGGCCCCCUCCUUAACCACUAGGCCACGGCUGCCCCAAGUUAUUCUUGCAAUCAUACUGACACUCCAACCAGGACUCUGUUUCUCGAAAGUAUUGUUGCUAACAACUUAGCAACUUACUUGCUUGCCCACUGGAAAUUCCAUUGCAACCAAGCAAGUUCUUAAGUUAGUUAUGCACCCCAGAGAUAGUACGUCGUAUGUCCUCUUUCUCUAUUCUGCCUACCCUGACCACACUGAAAUAAAACAUAAAAGGAUGACAUCCUCACAAAUUGCUUGGAAUCAAAGCUCUGCGCUAGAAUCUUUCCUCGGAAUGCUGAUUGUGGUCCAUUUCCAUUUAGUGAUACCACAUUACUAUAACUUGUUUGUAUUUUAUACCGUAUUUCUUUUACAUCUGAUUUUGAAAAAAAUCUUUGUAUUAAAUGUG